CCUUUUUGAAGUUGUGCUGACUCAUCACGAGAGCGACGCUCGCCCCCGCGCGCGAGUGAAGUUGCUUUUGUGGACGACAAGCGGAAGAGAUACCGCAAAGAUAUCGUCUGUGGUUGAAGAUAUAAAAGAGGACGGCAAGCGGAUAGAAAGAUCUCACAAACGCCUCCGAUUGCGGCUGCCAUGUUCCUGGUUUUGGGAGUUGUGUUGCGGCUGGGCCUGGCCGCCGGCUUGCACGGGCGAGCGGACUGCAGGACUCCGGACCGGACGACCGUCAGGCUGCUGUUGGACCCGCUGCUGCGUCACAUGACCAGCGCCCACCAGGACCACCUGGCCAACGUGUCGCUCUCGCCCUGGACCUACAGAGAGUCCAACGUGGCCUGGCGUCUCCCAAGGGUGCUGUCCAACGCCCGCUGCCUGACAAGCGGCUGUCUCGGCCAGCCGGGCGGCGGUGAAGACGCGGCCUUGCAGGUCCGACCUAUCGAGUAUCAGGUCCUGGUUUUGCACAGGGUCACACGACAGAAGAAGAAGAAGAAGAACCUGAGCAAGAAGAAGAAGAAGAACACAAAAUAUGAAUUCAGACUGGGAACAGAAACAAUUACAGUCGGCUGCACUUGUGUGAGAAACACUUAACACACACACACAUACUUAACACACACUUAAUAUAACACACACCCACACACUUAGUAACACACACAUAAUAAAACAAACACUUAUAGACACACACUUGUUGCUUAUAACACACACACUUAUUGACACACACUUAGUGUUUAUGGACACACACUUAGUGUUUAUGGACACACACUUGUUACUUAAUAACGCAUACUUAAUAACACACAUAUUCCUUAUUAAUGUACACUUAUUGCUUGCUGUCACACCCUUAUUAACAUCACUUUGUGCUUAUUAACGUACCCUUUUUGCUUUUUAACAUACAAUUUGUGAACAUACACUUCUUGCUUAUUAACAUAGUUAUUGUUUAUUAACAUAGACAUAUUUGUUAUUAAUGUACAGUUAUUGCAUUUUCACUUGUGUGUGAGAUCAUGUCUGCUAGAAAAAUAAAAAAGAAAUAACUCAGCUUUUUAAAAUAGAAUCAAAAUUAGCGUUUUGAAGCAACAUAAAAGGAGCUGAAAGAAGAAAAAAAAAAAGGUUUUUGUUUGUUUUUGUUCUAAAACGACAAACGCAAAUUUCAAUGGGAAAUCAUGGAGAUCUAAUUAAUUGGUUCCAGAAAUGUGGACACAUGUAAAAAAUGUGGACACAUGUAAAAAAAAAAUGGACACAUGUAAUAAAUGGACAUAUUUAAAAAUAUGGACACACAAAGAAAAAUGUACACACUUAUAAAAGAAAUGAACACAUAUGGACAUACCUGAUAAUAUGGACACAUUGAAAAAUAUGGACAUUUCAAAAAACCGGACAAACCUAAAAAAUAUGGACAUGUAAAAAUAUGGACUCACGUAAAAAAAUAUGGACACACCUAAAAAAAAUGGACAAAGAUAAAAAAAAUAUGCACACACCUAAAAAGUAUGGACACAAGUAAAAAUAUGUACACACCUAAAAAAAAUAUGGAAACACGUAAAAUAUAUGGACACACCUAAAAAUAUGGAAACACCUGAAAAUAUUGACACGUAAAAAUAUGGAAACACCUGAAAAUAUUGACACGUAAAAAUAUGAAAACACCUGAAAAUAUGGACACCUAAAAAAAUGAACAAAGAUAAAAAAAAUAUGGACACGUAAAAAAAAUGGACACGUAAUAAAUGGACAUAUUUAAAAAUAUGGACACACAUAAAAAAAUGUACACAUAUGGACAUACCUGAUAAUAUGGACACAUUGAAAAAUAUGGACAUUUUAAAAAACCGGACAAACCUAAAAAAAUAUGGACACCUAAAAAAAAUGGACACACUUAAAAAAAAUGGACGCACCUAAAAAAAUGGACAAAGAUAAAAAAAAAUAUGCACACACCUAAAAAGUAUGGACACAAGUAAAAAUAUGCACACACCUAAAAAGUAUGGACACAAGUAAAAAUAUUUACAAACCCAAAAAAUAUGGACACGUAAAAAUAUGGACACACCUAAAGUAAAAUGGACACACCUAAAAAAAAAAAAUGGACAAACCUAAAAUAUAUAGACACACCUAAAAAUAUGGAAACACCUGAAAAUAUGGUUACAUGUAAAGAUAUGGACAAAUAAAAAAUAUGGAUAUGUAAAAAAUAUGAACACACAUGGAAAAUAAUGUACAAAUCUACACAAUAUGGACACACCUAAAAAAAAUAUGGACACGUAAAAAAAAAUGGACAAACCUAAAAAAUAUGGACACACGUAAAAAUAUGGAAACACCUGAAAAUAUGGACACAUGUAUAAAUAUGGACACACCUAAAAAAAUGGACACGUGUAAAAAAAUCAACAAACCUAAAAAAUAUGGAUGCACCUAAAAAAAAUGGACACAUGUAAAAAAAUGGACGCACCUAAAAAAAUGGACAAAGAUAAAAAAAAUAUGCACACACCUAAAAAGUAUGGACACAAGUAAAAAUAUUUACACACCUAAAAAAAAUAUGGAAACACCUAAAAAAUGGACACGUAAAAUAUAUGGACACACCUAAAAAUAUGGAAACACUUGAAAAUAUUGACACGUAAAAAUAUGGAAACACCUGAAAAUAUGGACACACUUAAAGAAAUAUAGACACACAUAAAAAAAUAUGGACACACCUAAAAAAAAAUAUGGAAACACCUGAAAAAUGGACACGUAAAAUAUAUGGACACACCUAAAAAGUAUGGACACAAGUAAAAAUGGACACGUAAAAAAAUAUGGAAGCACCUAAAAAUAUGGACACACCUAAAAAUAUGGAAACACCUGAAAAUAUGGACACAUGUAUGAAUAUGGAAACACCUAAAAAAAUGGACACGUGUAAAAAAAUCAACAAACCUAAAAAAUAUGGAUGCACCUAAAACAAAAAAUGGACACACGUUAAAAAAAAUGGACAAACCUAAAAAAUAUGGACACACGUAAAAAUAUGGAAACACCUGAAAAUAUGGACACCUAAAAAAAUGGGCACGUGUAAAAAAAAAUCGACAAACCUAAAAAAUAUGGACAAAUCUAAAAAAUAUGGACACACGUAAAAUAAAUUGGACAAACAUAAAAAAUAUGGACAUGUAAAAAUAUGGACACACCUAAAAAAAAAUGAACAAAUCUAAAAAAUAUAGACACACGUAAAAAUAUGGACGCACCUAAAAAAAAUAUGGACACACCUAAAGUAAAAUGGACACACCUAAAAAAAAAAAAAAUGGACAAACCUAAAAAAUAUGGACACACCUAAAAAAUAUGGAAACACCUGAAAAUAUGGUUACAUGUAAAGAUAUGGACAAAUAAAAAAUAUGGAUUUGUAUGAAAUAUGGACACACAUGGAAAAAUAAAAAUGUAAAAACCUAAAAAAUAUGGACACACCUAAAAGAAAAAAUGGACACGUAAAAAAAAAUGGACAAACCUAAAAAAUAUGGACACGUAAAAAUAUGGACAAACCUAAAACAUAUGGAAACACCUGAAAAUAUGGCUACAUGUAAAGAUAUGGACACAUAAGAAAUAUGGAUAUGUAUAAAAUAUGGACACACGUGGAAAAAUAAUGUACAAACCUAAAAAAUAUGGACACACCUAAAAAAAUAUGGACUCCUAAAAAAAAAAAUGGACACGUAAAAAAAAAUGGACAAACCUAAAAAAUAUGGACACGUAAAAAUAUGGAAACACCUGAAACUAUGGACACAUGUAUAAAUAUGGACACCUAAAAAAAUUGGGCACGUGUAAAAAAAAUCGACAAACCUAAAAAAUAUGGACACACAUAAAAUAAAUUGGACAAACAUAAAAAAUUUGGACACACGUAAAAAUAUGGACACACCUAAAAAAAUGAACAAAUCUAAAAAAUAUGGACACACGUAGAAAAAAAUGGACAAACCUAAAAAAUAUAGACGCACGUAAAAAUAUGGACGCACCUAAAAAAAAUAUGGACACACCUAAAGUAAAAUGGACACACCUUAAAAAAAAAAA